AUGUCCUCAAAUAAAUUAGACAUUGAGCAGCUAAGAACAAAUUACCCUUUUUUAACAAAAAUAUGGGAACUGCAUGAAGAAUUUGAGAGAAGUGUAGAUGAUGAAGAUAAAAGAUAUAGAUAUGAGAAUAUUUGUAAGGCUAAAUUAGGACCAACGAACAUGAAAUAUGAAAAGUACGUUAAUUUCUGCAUUAAACUUAUUAGGAAUUUAAUAUCAUAUUAUGAUUACGCAAGAGUAGACACUCCCAGUGCGGAACGAUGUAAAAUUUUAAAUUACUGGAUAUAUUAUAAUAUAGAUGAUCUUAAUUUUUCUCAAAAAUUUAUUAGUGAUAUAUUCAAAGAAUCGCAGGAUUUAACAAUUGGAUAUACCAAUAAAAGUACAUGUCCUAAUUUAUAUAUUGAGACACUUAAAGAAUCAGAAAAAAUAUUAAAAUUAUUAUAUUUGCAAGAUAAUAUUAAAAUAUUUCUUAAAAUACUGAAAAAUAAAGGGGAUAAUGAUUAUUGUUCUUGUGAAAAAUAUAUUUACGAAUGUGUAGAUAUAUAUAAUAGUAUGAGUAAUUCAUAUUGCUUAAAGGAAGACGAUAGAUUAAAUAAGCAAAAAAAAACUUGUGAUACAUUAAAUACUUUUAAGGAUAUAUACAUGAACUAUCUUUAUAAUGAAGAAGAUAUGUCUAAUAAAAUACCUUCCUUGAUAGAUGAUAAUACAAAAAUUUAA